CAUGCUCUUCUGAUCCGUGUUCCAUAAAACCACACACCACACAUCCUUAGAUUAUUAUGUGCAUGUACUAAAUCUUACAUUUCCAAAAUAUCAAGUAUAGUAGCUUCCGAUUCUUACAGUUUACGAAUGGGGAGUACAAAUCUGGAACCCCACGUCGCGGUUCUUGUUUUUCCAUUUGCCACCCACGCUGGUCUGCUCUUUGGCCUCGUGCAGCGUCUGGCUAAGGCUGCUCCUAAUGUCAAGUUCACAUUUUUUAACACGGCCAAGUCCAACCAUUCGUUGUUUACAAAUAUAUCAAGUGUUGCUAGCAAUGUUAUACCUUAUGAUGUGUAUGAUGGCGUGGAGGAGGGGUAUGUGUUCACGGGGAAGCCACAAGAGGAUAUUAACUUGUUCCUGGCUGUGGCAGCGGAUGAGUUUCGACGAGGCUUGGAGAAGGCAGUUGUUGAUUCUGGGAGGCAGAUCACUUGUUUGGUUGCAGAUGCAUUUUUGUGGUUUUCUUGUGAUUUGGCACAAGAGAUUGGUGUGCCAUGGGUGCCGCUUUGGACUUCCGGGGCUUGCUCUCUUUCGACUCACAUAUAUACUGAUCUUAUUAGGCAAACUAUCGGAUUUGAUGGAAUUGAAGGACGUAUGGAUGAGAAGCUGAACUUCAUUCCUGGAUAUUCUAAUUUAAGACUAGGUGACUUGCCUGGUGGAGUGGUGUUUGGAAAUCUAGAGUCUCCUUUUUCUGUAAUGCUACAUAAAAUGGGACAAAUAUUACCCCGAGCAGAUGUUCUGGCGAUGAACUCAUUCGAGGAACUAGACCCUGGCCUUAUGAAAGAUCUGAGUUCAAAGUUCAAAAAGAUUCUCAAUGUAGGCCCUUUUAACCUUACAUCACCACCAGCAUCACAAUACUCAGAUGAAUAUGGUUGCCUACCAUGGCUAGACAAGCGUAAUCCCAAGUCGGUGGCCUAUAUAGGCUUCGGGACUGUGGCCAUGCUUCCUCCAAAUGAGAUAGCUGAAUUGGCUGAAGCUCUGGAAUCAAGUGGGACUCCAUUUGUUUGGUCACUGAAAGAUCAUUCCAAGAAACAUUUACCAGAAGGGUUUUUGGAAAGGACACGAGAAAGCGGAAAAAUUGUGGCAUGGGCACCCCAAGUGCAAGUUCUGUCACAUAAUGCUGUGGGAAUUGUUAUAACGCAUGGGGGAUGGAACUCGGUGCUGGAGAGCAUUGCAGCUGGCGUGCCGCUCAUCUGCAGACCCUUCUUCGGAGAUCAUGCAAUAAACACAUGGAUGGUUGAGAAUGUAUGGAAAAUUGGUGUGCGAAUUAGUGGCGGUGUUUUCACCAAAAAGGGAACUGCAGAUGCCCUUGAACAAGUUUUGUUGCGACAGAAAGGGAAAGAACUCAAUCAACAAAUUACAUUACUCAAGGAUCUUGCAUUCAAGGCAGUUGGACCUAAUGGUAGCUCAUCUCUAAAUUUUACAGAGCUAGUAAAAGUGAUUACUGUCUGAGCGUGUACCAUAUAAUCAUCGAGGUGAUUUAUUGUGUUGUACAAGUUUACUUUGGUAACUUUCUAUUUCACUUAUAAAACUCUAUUUUGAGUGCUUGCUUUGUGAAAGGAUAAAAUUUGUAUUUGUCAA